AUGAAUUAUUCUAGUAAUGUUAGAAAGAUGGAACCCAUCCCUAGUACCCUAACCAUUGAGGAUAUACUGGUAUAUGUUUCUAAGAAAGACAAGUUCGAUGGAAUAGAAGACAAUAGCAUGACCUAUCAGAAAUGGGCUGACCGCCUAAUGUGGCUCUCUGAAGGAUUGAAUGUAAUUGGUAAUGAUGCAUUGAAUUUAAUUGGGGAAAGCAUUGAUGGUAGGCUGCUAGAAAAGUUUAACAGUAGACGCUAUGAAUAUAUAAACGAACAUUCUAAUGCCCCUCUUGAAGAAUAUUUAAAGCUGUUAAAAGGUGAUAUAGUUUCAUGGAAUAUUGAAUUGUUAGAAUCUGGGCUUUUUUACUUUGAUGGUAGUAGAAAAUCGUUGGAUAAAUUCUGCAGUAUUGUUGAGAGCCUUAAGGUGGAUCAAAUCAUUCCGGUAAGAAUUAUUAUACUGCAAUGGUUUAUUAAACAGUUACCACAAGAAUGUCAAGAUAUUCUGAAGAAAAAUCCAUGUUAUAAUCUCAUACAAACUAUUAAAUGGUAUGAUGAAUGGCUGCGAGACAAGAAUUCCGGACCUGAACAUGUUUUCCCAUUACCAAAACGUAGGAAACGAAAUCGAGAUUUCCAAAGAAGGGGAUCAACAGAUUCUAAUGAAUCUACCGGAAGAAGAAUAAUUCAAAAUCCAAAAAAUUAUUGUUCGAGCUGUCAAAAAACUAGCCAUACCAAUAGAACAUGCCCUACGAUACCUCCAUAUUAUUGUAUUGUGUGUAAAGUUCAGGGACAUAACGCAAAAUCUUCAAACUGCCCUAUUACAAAAGGCCAAUAUCCUGGUAAUUUCUGUACUAAAUGUAGAAAGCCUGGCCAUAAUGAUCGGAUUUGCGGAAAGCAUUCGGGGAAUCGAUAA